GUCAUGGCUCGAUGCAGAAGUUACUUACGAGGACUCGCCAUCUGUGUCACUGUGUUGCUAAUGGCGUCAGGUGUCGUGAUGAUCGGCGUCGGAUUCUCCUCCAUCGACGGCAACAUACCGGUUGCUGUGUUGUUCAACCAGUUGUCCAGUAGCGAUGGUUUACUCGUCCUCCAGGUGUUUGGUCCCAUCACUGUUCUUUUGUCUGUUCUGGGCGUCUGUGCUGCGUCUUUGGACCUGAAACCUCUGCUGCUGGUGUUCUCUGCUCUGAUCUUCGUGGAGUUCGUGGCUCUGAUGGUCGUCGCCUCGCCGCUGGUUCAUGUUCAGUCUCAGAUGGGCGGCGCGGUGGACGAGGUGUUUCUAAACGUGACUCCUCUUCACCGAGCGGAACGUUUCAUCCAGAGUGAGCUGAACAAGCUCCAGGCUUCGGACUCGUGUUGUGGUUUGAGGAGUUUUGCAGACUGGGGCGAUCAACUUCCUGUUUCCUGCCUCUGCUCGCCGACCCCUCCCCCCUCCGACCUGCAGCUGAGCUCUAGUCCAGGUAACUGGAGCUCCAAGGGGUCCUGUGUGAUGGUGGAGCGCGACCUUUACCCUCCGACCCCACAGUCCACUGAUAAGUUAGGGGUUCACUCAGAGCCCUGCGGUCCCAUCCUGAAGAGUUACCUGAGCUUCCCCCUGAAACUCAGGAUCGGAAUCAUUUCAGCGUUUGCCACCAUCGCGAUGGCGGCCAUCGCCCUGUGUCUGGCUCUGGGUCUGGAGGAAUACUGGAAGACGCCUCCGGUAGAAACCACCGUCGAUGACUACAACCGAGUCAAAUACCAACCGAAACCCUCCCUCACCUGACCUCUG